CCAUGGGCAGAGAGGGAGGAGAUGAAGGGGUUUGGGAGCCUGUGGGGGGAAGGUCCUGUGGCUGGGGAGAAGUGGGACCUGUCCCUGAAGGGGGUGCCACUGUCAGGGAAGGCAGGGUGACUUCAGGCUCUGCUCCGCAGAUUGGCUCCUACUUUGGGGCCUCCCUCCUCGCUGUGGACGUGGAUAGAGAUGGCAGCUCUGACCUUGUCCUCAUCGGGGCUCCCCAUUACUACAAGCCGAGCCAGGGGGGCCAGGUGUCUGUGUGCCCCUUCCCCCAGGGGAGGGCUAAGUGGCAGUGUGCGGUCAUUCUCUGUGGGGAGCAGGGCCACCCCUGGGGCCGCUUUGGGGCAGCCCUGACAGUGCUGGGGGAUGUGAAUGGGGACAAGCUGGCAGACGUGGCCAUCGGGGCCCCAGGAGAGCAGAAGAGCCGGGGUGCUGUCUACCUAUUUCAUGGAACCUCAGGACUGGGCAUCAACCCCUCCUACAGGCAGGUGAGGCCUCUGUCUGCAGUCUCUCCCAGUUCCACCUCCUUUUCUACAUCUCAGAUUUGCCUGAUGCCCUGUCGCGUCCCUGACCUUAACAUUGGCCAUGCUCCUUCUAGGGGUUUAGGGCCCUGAAUGUUACCAGGCCCAGCUAAGUACAAAGUAUCUCUCCUUUGGCUCCAAACAGACGUUGGUCUGUGGGCAGCUUAGUGGGUAGGAGAUUGCAGGGCCUUGGUCCAAUGUCUGGCCAGCCAUGUCAGCUGUGCGGCUUUAGGCAAGUGACUGAUUUAGCCUC